AUGUUAGUUGUACCUCCUGCUGUUGUGGCUGAUCCGCCUGUUGUCUCUGACUCUUCCCACGUCAGGGAGGGCUCUUCCUCUUUGAUUUCGGCUCUGGCUGAGCCUACCGAACUGUUGGGUCGCGAUUUCAAAUACGUGUUUAGUGGUAUAAACGAGGUUUUCAUCGUCCACGAGUCGCCGAUGGUGACUUCGGGAAUCUUCAGAUCUGUCGGCUCAAUCCCGCCCCCCGCCAUCGGGAUCCGACCAGGAAUCUGCCCAUCGGGGACCGUCCGUCAGGGAUUCGGCCGGGGCUCCGUCCCUCUGGUCAUGCGCGCGCCUCCCGCCGCCCCCCCUCCGAUACCUACCCUCUGUUGGGGUAGCGUCUGGUGGCUGGGACGGUGGGUCCGCCAAUCGCAGGCAGGCUGCGUCGCUGGCAUUGGGGAUGGCUGUGAUCUAGUGCCUGUGUCGGCGGCUUCGGCCCUCCGUCGUUGUCGCUGUUGCGGGUGCCGCGAGUGGCCUGUCCUGUGGUACAGUUUCUUGGUGAAAACCUUCCCCGGUUCAUUCGGGACGGCGAUGGUGGCACAUCUGUGA